UCCGCAAAACAUCAACACCCAUAUAUCGUCACCAGAAUGGCCGCAGAGCAGGCGGCCCAUCAUUUGCUGAAUGUGCUCGAGGAGAGGGGUCUUGACAGCAAUCUAGAUCUCGACGGUGUGCUUUCCGCAUUCGAGGAGGAAGAUAGCAAGAGAGACGCUGCAGAGUGGGUGAAUGAGUAUUUGCAUGAGGAUACACUUUUGACCAAAGAGGAAUUGGAGCUGUACCAAACACUGCAAAGAAAAGGCUUACUUCAUCAAUAUGAAGCAGACGAUGAGCCCAUCCGCCCCAUUCUGGAUCACGAACUCGCAUCCGCUAUUGGAUCGUUGCAAACUUCAACUGCUGCCAUUGAAGAGCAGUGCAAAGUACUCGAGGCUCAGAAAUCUGCUAUACUCCAGCUGAAAGCCCUCGAGAAACCAAAUCUAGAUGCUGAGCAUGCAAGGAACGAACGAAGACGGAAAGAGGUUCAAGAAAAGGCUCGAUUAGAUGCCGCUGCAAACGAUGUAUCAACCAAUGUUGAAGAGCAACUGGCUGACGCUCAGCGAGAAAUUGAUGGCGAGAAGACGACAUUGAAGAAUUAUCUUACCGAACGUCUCGCUUCAGAUGAUCAGAUUUUAAGCAGGCUUCCUGCCCUCGUUUCCCAGAUAUCGACAGAGCCUGAGACUAGCGAGGAUGAAAAGUCAAUCGAGCAAUGGUUUAAAGCCAUCAUCUCUUAUCGUACUGCGGAGGUCAAAGCCAAAGUGGAAACAGUUUACCUGGAAAAUCUGGCGGGCUCCAACCCUACAGACAUUCCAAUUGGAUCUGUAGAUGAGUUGCGGGAGCAAAAGGCUGCUUUACAGGCAGAACUCGAUGAUCUGCACUCCGAGAUUGCGUCAGUGACAGAGAUGGUCCUCGAGCAUGAAUUGAGGAAACCUAUAAUGGAGCAAAAGCAACGAAAGGAGGCGGAAAGAAUUCAAGCCCGAGGAGCAUGGCUAAAUUAUGUCCUCACGACACUCGAAUACAUGGCGAAGAGACUCAAGACGGUCACGGCGUAUACCGAAAAUAUCGACCAGUUCCAGCAGGCGGUUACUCACGUUCACAAGGCCGCAGCUAAAACCAUGCCCGACCCAACAAUCAUAACUCAAGCCAAAACUCCACGACCGUCAAGGCGCAUAACAUCUGGGUCUCUUUCGGCUUUCACACCAGCACCCUCUCUCAAACCAUCCAAAACCAUGGAACUACCGCCUGCGCUGCAAGAUGCACUUCGUCACGUGAACGUCUCAGUCAGCCAUGAGAAUAUGGAAUCCCUUCUUGAAGCGCUCUUCAAAGCCAAGGUCGAGCGUGGUACUAAAUUGCGCGAACACUGCAACUCGAAUCUAUCUUCAACCCACAAGACGCUGGGCGAACGGGGGACUCGAGCAGACAGCGAGUUGAGGAUUAUCACACGAAGUCUGCAUCGGCACACACCAUUUCAAAAAGUGCGAUUGACAAAUCCAGAACUGGAAGAGGAACUGUUCAAGAUGGAGAGAGAUAUCGAAACAGCCAGUGAUCAAUUGGUAAUUGCUGAAACCAAUGAGCUCAGCCUGAGUGAUGCAAAGGUCCGGAAUUUCAUCGCGAAGUACGGCAAGUGA